CCUCGGUGGCGGGAAACUCGAGUCGGCCGGCGGUUUCUCUUGGCGCCCGUCAGAAUGGAGCGGCGGCCGGGAGAGCAGGCGGCUGGCGAGCCCGCGGACUGCGGCGCGGGAGGCCGGGAAGGCGGGGACGACGAGCCCCCGCAGGUCGCCGGCGCCCAGGCAGCGCGUCCCGAGGCCCGCCUGACCCUGCUGCUCAGGCUAAGAGCACAGACAAAACAACAACUCUUGGAAUAUAAAUCAAUGGUUGAUGCAAAUGAAGAAAAAACUCCAGAACAACUCUUACAAGAUAAGCAUAUUGAAGCUAAAAUUGAAGACCUGGAAAAGGAAGUUGAAGAAGUGAAAACUGCUUUUGAAAUGAAAAAGCUUGCAUUAGACAGGAUGCAGCUCUCGAUUGCACUUCAAAAAAACCUGGAGAAAAUUGACCCCAAGACCAGUGUGCUCAUGGAUAACAUGAAACAUGUAUUAAAACUAAACAAAUUAAUAAUGAAAUCACACCAGGAAUCUUGGGAUUUGGAGGAAAAACUGCUUGAUGUUAGAAAGAAGAGAUUAGAAUUAAAACAAGCUUCAGAAAAUAAACUGUUAGAAAUACAGACUGAAAAGAACAAACAGAAGGAUGAUUUGGCCAAUAUGGAAAAUUCAAACAAGAUAAAGGCUAUACAACGAAACCUGAAGAUGGAGAUACAAAUUACUACAGUUAUUCAACACGUGUUCCAGAAUCUCAUAGUAGGAAGUAAAGCCAAUUGGGCAGAGGAUCCUACCUUAAAGGAAAUUGUUCUACAGCUUGAGAAGAAUCUCGCCACAAUCUAAUAAGAACUGUGCUUUGACAUUUUUGUUUCAGUCUUUGGUAUCUCAUUUAAGUGGCAUAUUUCAAGCAAAAAUCUUUUUAUUGUUUUUGGAACUAGUAUCAUAAAUCUUUUGUAGCUUAA